AUGGAUGAAGAUGAUGAUAAAAUCAAAUUAAUCAUUAAAUUAAAACCAUUAAUUAGUAUUUACGAUGAUCUUCAAAUUAAGUUCAAUGAAAUUAUAGAAAAUCUUAAAAAUAAAAUACAUUAUUAUUUUGUCAAUUUUUAUUAUGGAAGAAUAUUAUUUACUGAGAAAUUGCAUAUUCAUUCUUCAGACUCAAAUUCAGACAUAAAUCAAAAUCUUGAAAAUGAAAAUAAUAACAAAGAAUUAGUAGAUGCUUCAAAUUAUAUCGAAUUUCAAACUUUACUCUUACUAUUUGCACAAUUGAACGACACAAAAUUAAUAAUUGAUAAAACAGAAAAUACAAAUCAAUUAUGGAUUAAUCUUUUUAAAGAUACUGAUAAUCAAUCAAAUAUUGAAAAAAUAUUAAAUGUUGCUUUACGCGAUGAAGUAUUUUUAACACCACAAGUAGCCAUUAUUAUUGAUGAAUUGAUACAAAAUGGAAAAGAGGAUACUAUUUCAAUUCUUUUUCCAUAUAUUAUUAAACCAUCAAAUGAAGUGUUGCCAAUUAUACAGAGAUGGUUUACUCAAUAUGAUGAUAACAGACCAAUCAAAAAGUUAUCAGCCCUUUUACUUGCAGAAGCAAAACAUAUUUUUGCAUCGGCAGUUGAUAUAAUUGUUGGUCUACUAAAAAGUGACAAUGAUCAAAUGAGAUAUAGAGCUGAACGAAUUUUUCAACAUCCAGAAAGAGAUGUCAAACAACCUAGUAAGAGAAUAUCUAUAAUAGGAGAGAAAACAUUAAUAAAAAUAUUUGAUCAUAUACUGGUAAAAGAGCAUCCUCCACGUAUUUUGGCUUAUAUUCAUAGUUUUUUCUAUGAUCUACUAUGGGAUGAUCCUCGAGUUUUUCGACACUUAUAUGAAAAUACAAAUCAAUUGCGAGAGAGAAACUCUAUCAAUGGAAGAAAAAUACAGUUUUUAAAUCGAAUUCAUUUUAUAAAUGAUCAUACUUGGCAUUCAAUAAUGCAAACAUUAGAAACAUCGAUAAAUCCAUCGUCUGCCAUAGCACUACUUUAUUCAACGAUGACAUUAACACAGCAUAGUCAAAUUACACACGAUAAUUGGAUCGAAUUGGCAAGAAUACUAUCAAUUAUAGAUACGAGUCAAUUGAAAGAUAAAUUAUUUUUUAUACACAUUGAUACAGAAAGAAUUGAAUUUAUCAUUGACAAUAUUUGUGCAUUAACAGAAGUUUGUGAUGAAACAUAUUUUGAAAUUCUUGAAUCAAAACUAAUUAGUGAAAUAUCCGUCAACAUUGAAAGUCUCUCACAAAAUACUUACGAUGAAAUUAAACAUAUAGGUCGUUGCAAUUUUUAUGUUUCAAAUGAUUUAAAUGAAACGAUAUUGGCUAUGUUUAAUAAUAUUUCAAUAAACAUAGUUCUCAUGGAAAAUUUAAUCAGAUGGUUAUUGAAUAAAAUGAAAAGUUUUAAAGGUUUAGAUGAUACAUGGUUUUCAUUAAUGAUAUGUGAUAACUUACUAUGUUUAGUCUCUGUCUGUGUUCAAAAAGAAGAUUAUUUGUAUAGAAAAAUAACAAAUUCUUCAAAUUUUAAUAAAAUUGAAAUGAUAACACUCUUGGAAAAAAUGCUUAAUUAUCAUCCAUGUUUUACUGCAAGAGGUAAUGCUUUCAUAUUAUUAGCAGGAAUGGACCAACCUGAUCAUAAAGUAAUCGUAAAUGCCAUGAACACAUUACUUGAUGAAAAUUUAGUGAAAAAAUAUUCAAUAAUUGGAAUGCCUCUAAUACAUUUAUCAUCAAAUGAAUUUAUCGAUGAUUUACUUGAAUCAUUAAAAAAUGACAGUGCUAUAAAAACUUAUGAAAUUUUAAAAAUAUUCACAGAAUUCGUUUUAAAUGAAAAACUAGAUGCAAACGGUAAAUCGAAGAUUAUUAAUUAUUUAGCAAAUGAAAUUGGACAAUUAAAAUCAAAGAAGCCUGUUAAUUAUUAUUAUACAGAUAUAAAAAUUCCUUUCACAACAACAUUGGAAAAUGAAUUAUAUAAAGCAUGGAUUAAAGUACAAGGACUCUCUGGAAAAACACACUAUUCUAUUAAUAUUCAAGCAAAAAAAUAA